AUGACUGUGACGCAGCCCGAUACUUCUGUCGAUGUUCUCGUCAUCGGAGCCGGUCCAACUGGACUGGGUGCCGCGAAGCGCCUUCAUCAGAUCGAUGAACCCUCAUGGUUGAUCGUGGACGCGAACGAGACUCCCGGUGGCCUUGCCUCGACGGACGUCACUCCGGAAGGAUUUCUGUUCGAUGUCGGCGGCCAUGUCAUCUUCUCCCAUUACAAGUACUUUGACGACUGCAUCAACGAGGCGUUGCCCAACGAGGACGACUGGUACAGCCACCAGCGGAUUUCAUAUGUCCGCUGCAAGGACCUCUGGGUUCCUUAUCCUUUCCAGAACAACAUCUCCAUGCUCCCCAAGGAGGAGCAAAUCAAGUGCAUUGACGGAAUGAUCGAUGCCGCCCUCGAGCACCGCGUCGCCAACACGAAGCCCAAGGACUUUGACGAGUGGAUUGUUCGGAUGAUGGGUACUGGCAUCGCUGACUUGUUCAUGCGUCCCUACAACUAUAAGGUUUGGGCGGUGCCUACUACUAAGAUGCAAUGCCAGUGGCUCGGAGAGCGUGUCGCUGCGCCAAACCUAAAAGCCGUGACAAAGAAUGUCAUUCUCCAGAAGACUGCGGGCAAUUGGGGACCCAACGCGACCUUCCGCUUCCCCGCCCGUGGAGGAACUGGGGCGAUUUGGAUCGCGGUAGCCAACACAUUGCCCAAGAAGAACACCCGCUUCGGCUCGCACGGCGCUGUGACCAAGGUGGACGCAGAGAAGAAGAUUGUCACAUUCAAGGACGGCUCAACCGUUGGCUAUGAGCGCUUGAUCUCGACCAUGGCCGUGGAUCACUUGGCCGAGAAGAUGGGCGACAAGGAGCUUGGACAGCUCAGUUCUGGCCUCUUCUACUCGUCCACUCACGUCAUUGGUAUUGGCAUCCGUGGUGAGCGUCCUGAGCGUAUCGGAGACAAGUGCUGGCUCUACUUCCCCGAGGACAACUGCCCCUUCUACCGCGCUACCAUCUUCUCCAACUACUCGCCCAACAACCAGCCCGCGGCUUCAAAGAAACUCGCCACCCUGCAGCUGGCCGACGGAUCAAAGCCUGCUUCAUCUGAGCCCAAGGACGGUCCCUACUGGUCCAUCAUGCUUGAGGUGUCCGAGUCGGCCAUGAAGCCCGUCGACCACGCUACUCUAUUGCAAGACUGUAUUCAAGGUCUGGUAAACACGUCGAUGCUCAAGCCUGGUGAUGAGGUUGUCUCCACCUACCACCGCCGCUUCGACCACGGCUACCCGACGCCUACUCUCGAGCGCGAGGGUGUCUUGACUGAGCUCCUCCCCAAGCUGCAGGCCAAGGACAUUUACUCACGUGGCCGCUUCGGCUCGUGGCGCUACGAGGUUGGCAACCAGGACCACUCGUUCAUGCUUGGUGCUGAGGCCGUCGACAACAUUGUCUCCGGCUCGGUCGAACUUACCCUCAACUACCACGACUUUGUCAACACGCGCGUCAACAACGAGCGUCGCUUGGUCGACGGUGCCCAGUUCUUCAAGAGCAAGAAGGGAAUUCGCUCCGGUGACAAGCCUUUCCGUCCCUAA